GGGGCAGAAUUUUUACUCAUUUGCAUUGGCCCUUGAAAAACCACAACAAAAGUUGAGGAUCGACAACCAAAUGAGCUCCCUGUUCCGCAGCCUGAACCACUUUUCGUCCAAGCGUGAAAAUGUCGUGAAGGAGGCGCUCAUCAAUACACUGAACGAAAAUGCCCGCGAGAUCGAGUUCGAGGUGAAGCAGAAGAGUUUGGAGGUCCUGGGUCUGUGCGAGCAGACCAGUGCGCUGUGCUCCACCCUGGAAGCCCUGUUCCUGCACGGCCUGAAGGACUCAUUCCUGUCCGCCACCUUCAAUGUCAUCGCUGGCGACGUGGAGCGCAGGCCCGACCCCAGCUUCUGGUCGCCCUGCAUGGUCUUCAUGCACAAGCAGGUGAUCGAGCAGGUGCAGGGUCUCAGUCAGAUCACCUCCGAGAUUGGCCAGUGCCGGGCCUGGGUGCGCCAGUCCCUCAACGAGUCCGUCUUCUCCUCCUACCUGAACAACAUGCGGAAGAACGGGUCCGCCUUGUCGCAGUACUACAAGCGGAACGCCCUGGUCAGGGACUCCGACGGCCUGGAGACGGCCGCCAAGAUCAUGGAGAGCCUGGAGGCCUACGUGCAGUUCGACCUGCCGGUCAACUCCAGUCUGCUGAACAACUGGCCCGACUACUCGCUGCAACUAUCGGAUCUCUGGACGCCCGCACUCAAAUCCUGUCCGAUAAGCAGCGGCGUUGACGUGGCCAGUUCCCUGGGUUCCGAUAUCAUAGCCAUACCCACGCCCCAGCCCCUGCAGACCAACGAGCUGUUCACGGACUCCAUCUCCAACAGCCCCUUCAGCCGGAGCGGCAACUUCGGCGUGCCCGAUCUCAGCCAGCGCGAGAACCUUGAUCUGCUGAUACAGAAGUUCGACGAGAUGGAUGUGAUAAGCGAGGAGCAGACACCCGAUGAAGCGGGAGCGGAAGCGAGUCAAGCUGUAGAGCCGGACGUUCCAUCGGGUAGCAAGCUGAGGACCCGCGAAAAGUCCAAGCGCCAAAUGGAACACUCCUUCGCCGAACUGGAUCUCGAGAAACCCAGUCUUUUGCUUUUGCCCCAGGGCAGCAACUCACUGUCCAAUCUGAUGCAGACCUCGUGGUCUGGCGACCUUGACACAGCACACACACCCACCUCACCCAGCGAUGAUCUAUCGGGAUCGAGGCUCUUCCAGCGAUCUGUGAGCGUGAGUAGCGCCGUCAGUCUGCGUUCCCCCAACACGGACAGGUGCAGCUACAAUGCACUGCUUCGAAAGCAUGAGAGCAACCGGGAGAGUGGAGCCGGAUGGUCUGAGAUCUGGGAGAAGUUCCGGGCCAGUGCUUCAAACCCGAAUGUGGCCCAACCGCAGCGUGAGAGCGAUCCGCCCGUUUCGGAAGACUUGAGUGAUCUGCAGUCACUGGAUACCAACUCAGAGUUCGAGCUGCUCACCUCCGAAUUUGACCUGGUGGAACUGCAGCAAAUGGUGGCCCAAUUGUGCCAGCUACCACGUGAGCCGGGUCUGGAUGCCCAGGGAUUCCUGUGCAAGAGCUGUCAGCACCCACUGGGCAUAGGUUACUCCAACUUUCAAGUUUGCGCCUUUAGUGGCGGUUACUACUGCAGCAGCUGCAUGGAUGUGGAGAUGCAACUGAUACCCGCUCGCAUCAUCUACAACUGGGAUUUCCGGAAGUACAGCGUGAGCAAGCGGGCAGCCACCUUUCUGGCCGAAUUCCGUUCACACCCCUUCCUGGACAUGCAGCUGCUGAACCCCAGGAUCUACUUUGCCUCCGAUGCCAUGGCUGAAUUGCAAUCCCUGCGUAUCCGACUGAACUUCAUACGGGCCUAUUUGUACACCUGUGCUCCGAGCAGCAUAGACCUGCUGCAGCAUCAGUUCUCGGGCAGGGAAUACCUGUACGAACACAUCCACCUGUACUCGAUAGCAGAUUUGGCGCUGAUUCAGCGCGGUGUACUGUGCCAGCAGCUGCAGAAGGCAUUCAAGCUGGGCGAAGCGCAUGUGCUGAAGUGCAGACUGUGCCAUCUCAAGGGAUUCAUCUGCGAGAUCUGUCAGAGUCCCAGGGUUCUCUAUCCGUUUCACAUUAGCACCACCUUUAGGUGCCUGACCUGUGGAGCCGUUUUCCAUGCCGAGUGCCUGAAUGACAAGCAGCCUUGUCCGAAAUGCGAUCGAAUACGCAAACGCGAGGAUCAGGCUCUGCAGGAGGCAGUGCAAUGUCUCAAAACCAAGAACGAGGUGGCCUAAGAGCAGCCAUAUUUAGUAUUUAAAUACGAACAAGUGCGAUUUGUUAGCAAAUGUAACCAAAAAAAGGCUUUACUCUACAUUUAAACUAGAAAUAAGAAUAAGGCUAAAAUUGUUAUGGCUUGUGAGCAUUUACACUUACUCAAAUACAAGGCACAGCUUUGUAGAAACGCUUACCAGUUUGUUUGACCCAAUAAAAACCACAAAAAUUGCUCAA